GUGGGGUGGGGUAUAGUGGGGGCCGGCUCUAGGAAAGGAAAAGUGUGACUGGGUGGUAUCACAGGGAGUCCCGUCAUUUGAGUCAGGGCACACAUGCCUCAGCAGUGAGAGGCUCCACUCCCGUUGGUUGGCCAGCAUCCCAGGGUAGACACAAAGACAGAGAGAGAGAGAGAGAGAGAGAGAGAGAGAGAGAGAGAGAGACUGAGAGGACUGAGAAUAAGAGAAAAAGGAGGAAAAGAAAGACAGCAAGAAGACAAGUAGACUAGAAAGUGGGAAGAGGAAAAGCUCCAAAGAAGUGGAAGAUGUAUUUUUAUCCUCAGUGAGCGUGAGAGCUGAGCGGUGUGUGUUUGGGCUUGACAGCCAUGGCGGAUCCAGCAGGCUUGCAGCAGGAGCGAGUGGCUCUGACCGAGGUGUCUGACGACGACGAGGAGUUGUCCCUGGUAGCCGCAGCGGUCCAGCCCGCCACCGACAGCGAUGAAGACGACAUUUCAGAAGAAGUGGACAUGGUGCUGGCCACGGGCUCGGGCACCAAGAGUGAGGCGCAGGUAAACGGGGUCAUGGUGCUGACCCUGCUAGACAAGAUCAUCGGGGUGGUGGACCAGAUCCAGCAGACCCAGAACGGGCUGGAGGCCAGACAGCAGGACAUGGAGAAGUCUGUUUCUUGCAUUCAGGGAGAGCUGGCCAAGCUGUCCAAGAGCCACACUGGCACGGCCAACACCGUCAACAAGAUGCUGGGCAAGGUGCGCAAGGUCAGCGUCAACGUGAAGACGGUCCGCACCAACCUGGAGAAGCAGGCGGGCCAGAUCAAGAAGCUGGAGAGCAACGAGAACGAGCUGCUCAAGAGACGGCACUUCAAGGUUCUCAUCUACCAGGAUGAGAAUAAGGCCGCUAAAGCCUCGCUAAAGUCAUCCAAGCUGGCAGAGAAUGUAGCUGAGGGCUGCUCUGUGGAAGGGCGGCUGGAGCAGAUCACUGAGGAGGGGGGCGAGGCGGCGCUCACUGGCCUCAACUCAGACGAGGAGGUGGAGAUCGAGGAGAUCAUCGAAGAGUCCCGGGCGGAGAAGAUAAAACGCUCCAGCAAGGCGCGCGUGGACAACAUCAAGAAGGCCUUCUCCAAAGAGCAGAGGGAGAAGAGAGCGCAGAAGACCAAGGACAACCUGGAAAAGACCAAGCAGAAGACCAGGGAUAACCUGGAGAAGACCCGGCAGAAGACCCACGACAAGUUGGAGAAGACCAAGCAUAGCCUGGAGAAGAAGAUGGGCAAGCUGGGCAACAAGAUGACCCCUAACAUGGAGCGGAAGGAGAAGUUAAAGGGCUCCAAGGAGAUGUUGAAGAAGUCUCUGACCCCCGACCACACCGUCUACGCCCGCUCCAAGACGACCGUGUACCGCGUGCCGCCCUUCACCUUCCACGUGAAGAAGUUCCGGGAUGGAGAGGUGGAAGUGGUGCACACAGAGGGCACAGAGAUGGUGGAGGUGGCCGAGAAUGAGGCCCUGCAGGCGGGAGAGGGAGACGUGGAGGAGCUGGUGAGAGUAGUAGACACCCCAGAGAUGGCUGCUGUCCUGGAGUUGGAUGAAGAGGAAGAGGAGCUGGUGAGAGUAGACACCCCAGAGAUGGCAGCUUUCCUGGAGGUGGCUGAGGACCAGGUGGCAGAGCAUCUGAUCCGGCUGGAGAGUAAGGUCCCUGUGGUGAAGACAAGCAUGAAGACAACCAGCAAAUAACUCUGUCUACAGGGCCCAGCAGGAUUGGAAGAAUGGUACAAUAGAGAGAUGAGGAGACAGAGGAGAAGAGAGAGGGGGAGAGUAAAGAAGAGGAGAGAAACAUACUACAUUUGGAUGACAGUGACACAGCAUGCAUGAUAAGGACUGUCGGGACAAUGUUCAUAAUCUACUCAUCUUAUAAUAAAAAUAAUAAUAAUAUAAUAUGCCAUUUAGCAGACGCUUUUAUCCAAAGCAACUUACAGUCAUACGUGUCUACAUACAUCUUGUUUGAGAAAAAAAAUAUUAUGCAUCAGGAAUUACUUUCAAUGUAGUAUGUGCUGUUCUAGACAACAACAACAACAAAAAAGUUUAACCCCGCAUUUUUGUUUCUUCCUUACAUAUUUUCUUGUCUUUUAGUUUGUGAAUGACUCUGGUUGGUCUAGUCUGGGAUAUUGCUUGGUGAUAUAUUUUUGUUGUUGUUGUUUUUUAAAUAGAAUGACCACAAUGCUAAGGGAAUAAAUAGUAGUGGCUAUUGUGAUUUGAUAUACAAUAAUUGCUAACGUAAGAUAAACAGUACAUAACAAUGUAUAUGGAAAUAUCCCCCACUGGGCAUAGACGUCAAUUCAACAUUUAUUCCACGUUGGUUCAACGUCAUUUCAUUGAAAUGAUGUGGAAACAAAGUUGAUUGAACCAGUGUGUGCCCAGUUGUGGUGGUAUCUUGAGAUUUUCUGAUUUGAUGGUCGGUGGUCAUGUGAUGUGCAGGUCAGAGAAAUGACGUUUUGACAAAUGAAGAGUAAGAGCACACACUGGAAACACCUAAAGAUGGUUUCAACGUGCAUGGGGAGAGACACAGGGGACCGUAUUUUCCCUGACUGAAGAGUUUACAGAUCGGUUAAACAAAUGCUCACAGCCAUUUUGAGCAGCCAGCUUUCUAAUGUAAGUGUGGGCAUACAAGCUCUGUCAACAUGUCAAGGUUCUGAAAGGACGAGAUAGAUAAGAUAAUGAUAAAGAUUAAGAUAGUUUUCACUUUUCUUAGAGGAGCACUAUGAAGCGUUUAUUUCUGAUCAACAGUGUGACCCUAAUGGUUGAUUGUUUUCAUUUUGGAGGACUGAGAGGGAUGGUCACGGCAAAUGCAAUAUUAAAAAAAGAAGAGGAAGAGACUCACUGAUUGGCAUAAAUGGAACUAUUUUUGUGCGUGUGUAAUGUUUCAGACGCAAUCUUGAGCCAAUCAAGGAAAAACAAGUGUACCUUUAAAUGAUGUCAUGGGGUUGAUGAAUGCCAGACGUGUAAAGUAAUCCUUCUCUUUAAUUAUUUCUAAAGUUUUUCACGUAAAAAUCAGGAUCGCAACAGAUUCUAUUUUUUUGUUUUGAAAUGGAGAAUGAGAAGGAUGAAGGAUUAGUGACGACUUGAAAGAGAUCUGAAUUUAGUUGCAUAGUUUUACCUUCCUUUUUUAAAAAGAAUGUUUCAUUAAGUUUCUAAGUUGUACUAUAUUGUGAUAUCUGGAAAAUAGUUAUCUUUCUCUCAGUUUUUAGUUACCAGUGUAACCACCAAACUACUUGGUUGUUACUAGGGCUGGUCACUGAUGACAGGAGAAUGACAUUUUGAGCCAUCUUUUAAUCAAAGGUUCCUAGUGCCAUCGUUCUGUAGAAGUUAACUUUUUUCACUGUUUUUCUCUCACUGUGCUUACAUGAUAAUGUUCAUUAAAAAAUUUAAAAAUGUAAUUGUACUGACACACAUUGUACAAAUGUAUGCAUGUAUGCUCACAGUGCUACAAGAAUCAUACAUGUACUGUACAUAUAUGCUAUAACAAGCACACACAUAACUGUGUUAACCUGCCACAUUACUGUGACUCCAGAGGCUUCUCUCCUGGAAGAGGAGUCUGUCUGAGAUUGACAGAGCCUUGCUUAUUGAAUCUAUCACCAUGGCCACAGCUAAUGACGGGAUAUAUCCAGCACUUCACCUGGACUGCAUUGGGUGAUGUAAUUAUGGGGAGAAAAAGGAGAGAAUCUUGUAAGCACCCCUCCAGCAUAUGUCAAUGUGCCAGGUGACAGUUAAAUUAAAGUCUAUAGUGACAUAUAGAAAUGUAAGUGCUAUCCAAUUUUGCUUGUGCCGGCAGCAAAUUACAAGGCAUUGUGAAGGAUAUGGCAGUGUUACAUAGGUGAAAGAAAAAAAGACAUGUCCGUUCCUGGACCUCAGUCUCUGUCUAUUUGAAUUACUUGUCAGCUUGUUUGUGCCUGUGUGGUCUGGCAAGGGUCUGAUAUAGGGAGACGAUGGUGAUUAGAAUAGAUUAUUUGAGUUUGACGUGAAGUGAGACCAGUAAAUGCAAUAGAAGCUAAAAGCUGUUGUCUCGUGUUCUUUCUCUACCUACAAGACAUGCCUCUGGAAAACAAAGUAGUGAGACUAAGUACAGAAGGGCUGAAAGCACACAGGGCCUGGCUCGAAGACAGUGCUACAGAAAGCUUUUCUAUGUGUCUCCAAAGCUCUCUGUGUCUGACCGACCUUGAUGAAGGGGCUGGGGUGGGGGGGUCUCUGUGGAACACCAUUAGGAUAAUCAAUGAGGCAGGAAUCUGAUUAAGGAGAGUGCUUUCUCUGAGGAGAGUGAGACAGAACACAGAGAGAGGACGUGUGUGUGUGUGUGUGUGUGUGUGAGAGAGAGAGAUAGAGAGAGAGAGACAGAGAGUGAGAGAGGGGGGGGGCAGGGUGAUCAUGUGGAGGGAGAGGUCAGUGCAGAGAGAAGGAGAGAUGAUGCAGUCAAAAAGCAACCAAAGAUAUUCCUCCAAAAAAUCUGUAGGUCUUUGUGCAGUUCAUAUUUUGUGUUUACUUAAUUUUUUUACAAGGCUGAAAUGGAUUCUCAUUACAUAAAUGCCAAGGCCAAUACCGAACACACAGAUACAUUAAAGAUUGACCAAGUUUUUGUCAAACACGAGCUAAGUUUACCACCAUCUCUAAACACCCCUCAUCUCCCCCAAUUAACCGAGGAGAUUAAUAACAUUUCCUGCCUUCUUCAGGAGAGAGUGGAGAUACAAACAGUGACCGGUCAUCUUUCAACUGUUUAAUUUCUUUGCCAUGUAGUGUAGUCUCACAGCAUUGUCAGUCAAUAUGCAGUUCUUUGUAAAAUGAUCAGUCAAACUACCGCAGGUUACCAGGGUUGGAGCCAAUUACAUUUAAAUUCCAGCAAAUUCAGAAAGUAAACCAAAUUCCAAUUCCAAAUGUUCCUAACUGAAAAGCAUUUAAGAUAAUUGGAAUUUCAGUGUACUUCUAGAAUUGUCUGGAAUUGAAAUGCAACUGACCUCAACCCUGCAGGAUACUGUACAUAUCCUGAGCACUGCCAUUUUCAACUGAACUAAGAUGAUAAUAUCUCCUCCCUAUUGUUAUGACAGAUCUAAUAAUGAAGCUUGCUUUUUCUGUUGAAUUAAAAAAUUACUAUUUUUAUCUAACCACUUAUAUAUCAAUAAAAGCUAUAUGAUUUACACCAGA